ACGUGCUUCGAAACACUAUUCGAGACAAAAUUUUCGCAUUUGUUGGAAAACUCUGGCAAAACUCAUUUCAUGGAUCCAAUUUCAUCAAUUUCCUGCUUUCGGACUAUCAAAGUACGUAACCGCCGGUAUCUCGAGUAUCCCGUAGUAUCCGUCGGUUGUGGAAGGUAUAAAAGGUGGGGACAAGGUCACCUUAGCGAACCCACAUCUCUGAACUGUCAGUUCAGUCAGUAGUAUAGCGGCGUGCCGGCUGCAACGCGCUCAGUCUGCAUUCGACAGCUUCAAGGAGCAGUGCACGCGGUGGUAUAGUACCUUAUUAAGGAAAUGGCAACAUUAAAAGACCAACUGUUGAGCACCGUGACGGAACCGGUGUUAACCGGCAGGAACAAAAUCACGGUGGUGGGUGUCGGUCAGGUUGGAAUGGCCUGCGCUUUCAGCAUCUUGACAAAUAACAUCUCGAGCGACGUUGGGCUGAUCGAUGUGAUGGCGGAUAAACUGAAGGGGGAGAUGAUGGAUCUGCAACACGGCAGCGCGUUCUUGAAGAACGCAAGGAUCAACGCCAGCACGGAUUACGCCGCGACCGCGAACUCGAGCAUCUGCAUCGUGACAGCGGGCGCUCGUCAGCGCGAAGGGGAGACCAGGCUGGCUCUGGUUCAACGUAACACCGACAUCUUCAAAGGCAUCAUUCCUCAGUUGGUCAAAUAUAGUCCAAAUACGAUACUUCUGAUCGUCUCCAACCCGGUGGACAUCCUGACGUACGUGGCGUGGAGACUGUCCGGCUUGCCGAAGAAUCGAGUCAUCGGCAGCGGCACGAACCUGGAUUCUGCCCGUUUCCGCUUCUUGCUGUCGCAAAAACUCAACGUCGCGCCUACAUCUUGCCACGGUUGGAUCAUCGGAGAACACGGCGACACCAGUGUACCGGUAUGGUCUGGAGUGAACGUUGCUGGGGUGCGUCUGCGCGAUUUGUACGAGGACGUCGGCACCGACAAGGACAAGGAACAUUGGGAUGAGCUGCACAAGCAGGUGGUGCAAAGUGCGUACGAGGUGAUCAAGCUUAAAGGUUACACCUCGUGGGCUAUCGGUCUCAGCGUAUCGCACCUCGCAUCAGCGAUACUGAGGAACUCCAAUCAAGUACAUGCCGUGUCCACACUGGUUACUGGUCAUCAUGGAAUCAACGAGGAAGUAUUCUUAUCUUUACCUUGCACGCUGGGUGAAGAUGGCGUAACGCUUAUAGUUCAACAGAAGUUAACAUAUGAGGAGCUUGCACUACUGCAAAAAUCUUCAGCAAAGAUGCAAGAGGUGCAAAAGAACCUUAAGUUUUAAGAUUACAAGAAUACUACUUUAUUGCGUUCCUAUUUUUGUGUCCGAUGCAGAAGCGAAGUAUUAUCGACAAUUUACCAAAGCUAUGCGAUUUCGUAAAAAAGAUUAAUAUCAAAAAACUAACCAUAUGCAUUUGUUUAAUCACUUUUUUCCUCUUUUUCCCUCUUUUUCAUUAAUCGGUUAAACUUUUUAGGUUUUAAUUGAUAAUAUGAAAAUAUAACAGA